AUGGUAUACACGAGAGAGAGGGGGAGAGAGAGAGAAAGAAAGAAAGAAAGAAAGAAAGAAAGAAAGAAAGAAAGAGAAAGAUAGAAAGAUAGACAGAAAGAUAGCUAG